ACGCUUGCGCGCUCCCGCAGCGGAGGGGACUCUGGGAGACCGAGUAGCUCGGCGUCAGUGGGGGAGGGGGAGCGUCCCAGGCAAUCUUCGCGCUGUGCGCCCUUGGAGGAAGAAGCCUCCUCUGCGCAACGUCACCUCCAAGAGAGGAGAGAGAGGAUAAGCAUUAAGAUAAGGACGUAUUGCUGUAAAAGAACCACGUGACCUUGGGAAGUGGAACCGCGUGCCCCUAGCAAACAAACAGAAUGAGUACGGACUGGCUUGGCUACACUUACGCAGCACUGGUUGCUUCAGGUGGAGUAAUUGGCUAUGCAAAAGCAGGUAGCGUUCCUUCUCUCGCUGCUGGUCUCUUGUUUGGUGGUUUAGCAGGCGUGGGUGCUUACCAGCAGUCUCAGGAUCCAAAGAAUGUUUGGCUUUCUCUGAUUGCUUCUGGAACCUUAACCGGUGUGAUGGGAAUGAGGUUCUAUAACUCCAGGAAAUUCAUGCCUGCAGGGUUAAUUGCUGGUGCCAGUCUGUUGAUGGUGGGAAAACUUGGACUACAGCUGAUGGAGAAACCCCUCCAGCCAUAAGCGUGCAAGAUAAA